AUGCAGUACUGUGACAUCUGUAGCCAAAGCGACAGCGAUCGCGCCCAUCCCAUCACCAACGCCAUCGACGGGACGGAGCGCUGGUGGCAGAGCCCGCCUCUGUCCCGCAGCACAGAGUUCAACCAGGUGAACGUCACCCUGGACCUCGGACAGCUCUUCCACGUCGCCUACGUGUUGAUUAAGUUCGCAAACUCUCCCCGUCCUGACCUUUGGGUACUGGAGAGAUCUAUCGACUUUGGGCAGACUUACCAACCCUGGCAGUUCUUUGCCUCCUCCAAGAGAGAUUGUAUUGAGCGUUUUGGACAGAGGACCAUUGAGAGGAUCAACAAUGAUGACGACGUCAUUUGCACUACCGAAUACUCACGUAUAGUCCCGCUGGAAAAUGGAGAGGUCGUGGUGUCCUUGGUGAACGGUCGGCCCGGGGCGAUGAACUUCUCCUACUCACCAGUGCUGAGGGAGUUCACCAAGGCCACCCACAUCAGGCUUCGCUUCCUGAGAACCAACACGCUGCUGGGACACCUGAUGGGCAAAGCGCUCCGUGACCCCACUGUCACCCGCAGGUAUUACUACAGUAUCAAAGACAUCAGUAUUGGAGGACGCUGUGUGUGUAACGGACACGCUGAGGCCUGCAACGCAGAGGACCCCAACGACCCCUACAAGCUACUGUGUGACUGUCAGCACAACACCUGUGGCGUGUCUUGUGACCAGUGUUGCCCUGGAUACAACCAGUUACCAUGGAGACCGGCCACGACCUACAGCGCCAACGAGUGUGAACCGUGUAACUGUCACCGUCACUCGUUUGACUGUUACUACGACCCUGAGGUUGAUCAGAAGAGAGGCAGCUUAGAUAUCCAUGGAAACUACAGAGGAGGAGGAGUCUGCCUCACAUGUCAGCAUCAUACCACUGGAGUCAACUGUGAGCGCUGCGUCCCCACCUACUACAGGUCACCUGACCACCCCAUCGAAUCCCCACUGACCUGCUCUCGCUGCAACUGUCAGUCAGAGUUUACAGACGGUACCUGUGAGGAUCUGACUGGUCGCUGUCACUGCAAACCAAACUACACUGGAGAGAACUGUGACUCCUGCGCCAGCGGCUUCAUUAACUUCCCUGAUUGUUACCCCAUCCCAACUUAUCCCAACAACAACAAUGGUGAAGCCAAACCAGCGGGAGAGAUCAUAAACUGUGAGUGCAGUGCAGCUGGUACUGUUGAUAACUCCUGCAGGCCGGAUCCCCGAACUCGGACCUGCAUCUGUAAACCAGGUUUCACUGGUGACCACUGCGACACCUGCGCUCCUGGUUUCUAUGGACUCAACUGUCAGGCCUGUCAGUGCUCAGGUCCCGGCUGUCUGGAUGGAUCAUGUGACUUUGUGACCGGUCACGCUGUGUGUCGAAGUGGUUUCCAAGGUUAUGAGUGUGAUCAAUGUGCACCGGGCUACUUCAACUACCCACUGUGCCAACUGUGUGGUUGCAGUGCAGUCGGCUCUCUGCCUCAAGGCUGCGAUGCGUCGGGUCGUUGUCUGUGUAAACCAGAGUUUCAGGGUCCUCGAUGUGAACAGUGCAAAUCUGGAUUCCACUCCUACCCCAACUGUCAAGUGUGCACCUGUGAUCCUCGCACCUCAUUGGGCGCCAGCUGCACUGCGUCAGGUCACUGCCACUGCCAGCCUAAUUACAGCGGAGCGUCAUGUGAUCAGUGCGCUCCUGGUUACUAUGGUUACCCAAGCUGCACACCCUGCCAUUGUUCUGGAGAGGGCUCCCGCUACACCAGCUGUGACCAGGUGACCGGACAGUGUGUCUGUCUGCCCAACGUGGUGGGACUGAGGUGUGACAGCUGUGCACACGGCUCCUACGGCUUCCCCAACUGCCAAGCUGGUACCUGCCACCCUGCCGGCUCUGUUCAGUAUGAGGUGCAGCCACCAGUGGGCCAGUGUGAGUGCCGUCAUCAUGUCGAGGGCCCUGCUUGUGACAAAUGUAAACCUCUGUACUGGAACCUCUCCCCUGACACUCCUGAUGGAUGCUCCAACUGUGAGUGUAACAUUGCGGGGACUGUCAGCAGUGUUGCUGAAUGUGCACAGGAAACUGGUCAGUGUCACUGUAAGCCCAACACUUGCAGCGGAACCUGCUCUACCUGUAAAGAUGGCUACUACAAUCUGCAGGAGCACGACUACUUCGGCUGCCAGGGUUGCCAGUGUGACAUUGGAGGUUCAGCAGGUCAGUCUUGUGGAGAGAGGAAUGGCCGUUGUCGCUGCAGGCCCAAUGUUGAGGGACCGAAGUGCAAUCUACCUCGUCCAGAUCAUUACUUCCCUGACCUCCAUCAUCUUCAGUUUGAGAUUGAGGAGGGAACACUACUGGAUGGCCGACCGGUACGAUUCGGGUACAACCCUCUAGAGUUCCCAGACUUCAGCUGGAGAGGCUACGCUCAGAUGUCCCCCAUCCAGUCCAAAGUGUUGGUGUCGGUGUCGGUGAGCUCUCCAGACCUCUUCCGUGUGGUGCUACGCUAUGCGAACCGGGGGGGUUCAGAUGUUCUGGGCAGGGUGUCGGUCAUAGAGGAGGACUGGAACUACUACUGUGGUAACUGUUCAGAGCAGUCCAAACAGAUUGUCUUUGCUCCCAGCGUGGAGCCGACUUUUGUCAACGUUCCCCAGAACAACUUUGUGGAGCCGUUUGUCCUGAAUCCGGGAACCUGGACUGUGGUUAUAGAGGCUGAGGGAAUCCUGCUGGAUUACCUGGUCCUGCUGCCCAGUGCCUACUAUGAAGCUGCCAUCCUGCAGAUCAGAGUUACUGAGCCCUGCACCUACAGCUCUGUGCCUGACGCCAGUCAGAACUGUCUGCUGUACAGGUAUCUGUCUCUGGAUUCCUUCCCUUCCAUCUCCGGCAACGAUGCCAGCUGCGUCAAUGACAAUCACCUGCCGCGCCCCUGCCCAACUGAGAGGGUCACCCCACGCCACCCCGACAUGGCCGUCUGCAGUGGCUCUGAUAUAAGCAUCGAGCUGCGAGGGCGUCUGCCGUCUCCAGGUGAUUACGUUCUGGUCGUAGAAUAUUCUAGCGAGGAAGAAUUGCCACAAACUCUGUCUGUUGCAGUUAACAUGCCGGGAGCGCGAACACACCGGCACCACGUCACCCUGCUGUACUGCAGAUACAGCUUCCUGUGUCGAGUCGUGGCCAUCGAUGAACAGAACAGGGUGGCUGUCUUCUCCCUCCCCGCUGACGCCGAGAUCCAGCUUAUCUCCGACCGUGCAAGCUUCUUCCUGCACAAAUUGUACCUGGUGCCUAAAGAUCACUUUACCAUGGAGUAUGUUGAACCUAAAGUCCACUGCAUCAGCACUCAUGGACAGUUCUCACCUGACAGUUCCUCCUGUGUCCCCUCGCGUUUCCAGACCCCGUCAGACUCGCUGGUCCUGAAGGAUGGCCAGAGCUCCUCCAUGCAGGAGCCCAUCCUGGCCUCCCCUGCAGCAGCUCCUCCUCUGCCCUUCCAGCAGAGAGACGAGCUGCCCUGGACGGGAGGAGACAGGCCUCCCCACGGAGCAGAUAACAGCGACCACGUCAGGCUGGAUUCACUGCAGAAUGCAGCGGUGUACUCCACCCGUGUUCAUGCCCUGGGACGUUAUGUCUUCAUCCUCCACUAUCACCAGCCUCUCCACCCCACCUAUCCUGUGCAGGUUUACAUUAAUGGUGGACGAAUCUGGCAUGGUCACGCCAACGCCUCUUUCUGUCCCCACGCUUAUGGCUGCCGUAACGUCCUGGUCUCUGAGAAUCAGAUCAUUCUGGAUGUGACGGACUACGAGGUCUUCCUCACAGUGCAGAUACCUUCUGACAAGACACUGUGGCUGGAUUAUGUGCUGGUUGUGCCUGAGGCGACCUACAGCUCCAGCUACCUGAAUGAGGAACGUCUGGAUAAAUCCUAUGACUUCAUCAGCAGUUGUGGCCAAAACAGCUUCUACAUCAAUCCUUCCACCGCCUCUCCGUUCUGCCUCAGCUCGGCGGUGUCUCUGUCGGCGUUCUUCAACAACGGGGCGAUGCCCUGCGCCUGCCACGAGGUCGGAGCCGAGACAGACACCUGCAAGCCAUUCGGCGGUCAGUGCCUCUGUAGGCCAAACGUGAUUGGCCGGGACUGCUCCAUGUGCGCCACCGGCUUCUGGGGAUUCCCCAACUGCAGACCCUGUAACUGUGGUUCAAGGUUAUGUGAACCCGUGACCGGCGACUGUAUCUGCCCUCCGAGGACUCUGCGCCCAGAGUGCACCCAGUGUGAGCCCCAGACCUUCGGCUGCCACCCAGUGGUCGGAUGUGAGAUCUGCAACUGCUCUCGUCCCGGCAUCGUCUCCCCCGACGUGAGCUGCGAUACGCUCAGCGGACAGUGCAGAUGUAAGAACAACAUCGCCGGCCGUCAGUGUGACCGCUGUGCUCCCGGUUUCUAUGGUUUUCCCAACUGCAGGCCAUGUGACUGCAACGAGGCGGGAACUGAGGAGGAAGUGUGUGACUCCUUCACGGGACAGUGUCUCUGCAAGGAGAACGUCCAGGGUUCCCGAUGCGAUCUGUGCAGAGCUGGCACGUUCCACUUGGACCCAACCAACCCGAAGGGCUGCACCAGCUGCUUCUGCUUCGGGGCCACCGAUCGCUGCCGCAGCUCUGACAAAAGACGCACAGAGGUCAUGGACAUGGAGGGCUGGGUGUUGCUAGGAGCAGACAGACAGGAAGUACCGGUUGCAGUGUAUCCUGAUCAGGACCUUGUAGAGGCUGACCUCAGUGAUGUGCCAGAUGUCUACCAGGACCUUCACUGGCACGCACCAAAGGCUUACCUGGGAGACAAGGUCUCAUCCUAUGGAGGUUAUUUAACGUAUCGUCUCCACACUCAAACCAUGAGAGGCGACGUGUUGUCUCUGCCUGCAGAAGCCUCCAGGCCUGACAUCAUUCUCAAGGGUAACCAGAUGACCCUGGUGUUCAUGGAGAGAGAGUACUCCUCACCUGAAGAGCCUCACCUGGGAAUAGUUCACAUGGUCGAGGGAAGUUUCCGUCACGGUCAGACCGGUAACGUGGUGUCUCGGGAGGAGCUCAUGAUGGUUCUGGUCGGUCUGGAGUCUCUGCAGAUCCGAGCCCUGCACUCCCAGUCGGCCCACUCCGUGUCCCUCCGCGGUGCCGUGCUGGAGGGCGCAGAGAGCCUGCCUGCCGGCCGCCAUGCAAACAACGUGGAGAUCUGCAUGUGUCCCGCCAACUACCUUGGAGACUCGUGUCAGAAAUGUGCUCCAGGUUACUACAGAGACACUAUUGGGCUGUUUCUGGGUAAAUGUGUUCCCUGUAACUGUAACGGACACUCAGACCAGUGUCUGGAUGGAUCUGGAAUAUGUGUGGGCUGCCAGCACAACACAGCCGGUGACCACUGUGAGAAGUGCCAGGGUGGCUUCCUUGGCAACAACAGUCUUGACGGACAUGCAGUGUCGUGCUCCAGCUGUCCCUGCCCACUGAGGGUCCAAUCGAACAACUUUGCAGAGGGUUGUGUGCAGAAAAACGACAGGAUGCAGUGUUUAUGUAUGCCAGGUUAUGCUGGACCACACUGCGAAAGGUGCGCCCCAGGUUAUUACGGCAACCCUAUGGUGCUCGGCAGUAGGUGCCAGCUGUGCCAUUGCAACGGCAACACGGACCCGAACAUGCUGUUCAUCGACUGUCACCCUCUGACCGGCAAGUGUCUCAGCUGCAUGCACAACACCGCCGGGCCUCACUGCGAAACCUGCGCUCCCGGUUACUACGGAGACGCCAUCACCGCCAAAAACUGCACCAAAUGCAACUGUUCUCCGUGUGGCACUGAGUCAUGUGACCCACAAACUGGACAGUGUCGCUGUAAAGUAGGAGUCAGCGGGCUGCACUGUGAACGCUGUGUGGAUGGCUCGUUUGGCUUCGACUCGUGCUCUGGCUGUCAGCAGUGCGACUGUGAUGCUUCUGCAGCUCUCGUCCGACCAUGUAACCCUCAGAACGGUCAGUGCGCCUGUCGGCCCGGAGUCAAUGGGCCAAACUGCAAACAGUGCGCUCCUGGAUACUGGGACUACGGACCCAACGGCUGCCAGAAGUGCAACUGUAGAGGAGGUCACUGUGACCCCCGGACAGGGGAGUGCCGCUGUCCUGACGGGAUGACAGGAAAACAGUGUGACACCUGCAGGGAUGAAUACAGUGUGCCCAUGGAGCAUCAUCAUAGCAUGCACUGUGAACCGUGUGACAGCUGUGUCAUCGUCCUGUUGGAGGAUCUGGACAAGAUGAAUGAAGACUUCCGUUCAGUAGCCAGUCAGCUGAGCCGUCUCAAUGCCAGCUCCAUGGCCUGGGCUCAGCUGCACAAUCUCAACAAAUCAAUGGAGGACAUCGCUAACGCCAUAGAAAACUACAACAGUACGCUGGAUGAAAGCAGGAGUCGGGCCGACUUGCUGGAUGCUGACAUCAUGAAUAUCAGUGAUGAUAUUGAUGAACUGCAGGAGAAGGCAACGACAAUGACUGACAGGGCUGGUGACCUGCGGGACAGUACCACUAACACACACCAGAGGGCUCAAGACCUGCUGUCAUUCAUCAACAACAUUACCUUGGAUUUAAACGAUAUCCUGCGGUUGGCGAACCGGUCCUCCCUGAACAACACGGAGGCCGAGCAGGAUGACGAGGAGAGGGAAAGGAAGAUGAGGGAGGUGCAGGCCAUGCUGAGGGAGAUGAGGUACAGGAGCUGUGUGGGACAGAAGAAACUGGCCGACAGGGAGAAGACAGAGGCAGAGAAGCUGUUGGAUCGUGUAAACAAACAGUUGGCAGGUCCCCACGGAGACAACAAAGACUUGGCCAAGGCUAUCAGAGACCGUCUGGCCCGCUUCCACUCUGAAAUGAUGGAUCUCCGAGACGCCCUGAACGAAGCUGUGAACAACACGGCCAGAGCCGCGGAGAUCAACAACGUCAAUGAGAAAACCCUGGAGGACAACAAGAGGAGGAUAGAAGACCUGCUGUCAAAACAGAAGGUGGUGAACGACCAAUUACAGAUGGCUGAAGAUGAUGUAGCUCAAGUCAACGAUGUGCUGUCCAUGCUGCAAGACUCCAAGGAGGAGUACGAGCGGUUAGCGGCCCAGUUGGACGGGGCCAGGGCCCCACUGGCAAAGAAAGUGGCAAACUUUGCUUGGGUCGACUCCAAAAUUCCCCUGGUGGAGCAAGCGGAGAAACACGCUGAGCUGCUUAACGCUUUAGCCAUGAACCUGUCCAGUUUGGUUGCAGAAACUAAGAAGGGCGGAUUUGUGGAUGUAACACACUCCUAUAACAACAUCAUCAACAGCAUCAAGGAGGCAGAGGAGGCUGCCAAGAUCGCCGACAAGGCUGCUAAUGACACUUUGGAGAAAUUAAAGGACCAGAAUCUUAGUCAGAUCGCUGAUUCUCUAAGGAAUCAAAGCGUGAAGCUGAAGGAGGAAGUCGAAAAGCUAAAUGAUGAACUCAACAAUGAUCUAAAGCCGCAGGUGGAAGAUGCUCAGAGGCGACUGGAUGACGCCAAAACCAAACAGGUUGAUGUCAUGAAGGACCUGAAGACAGUUCAGAACAACCUCAACCUCACUACAAAUGCGAGUCAAGAGAUUCUCGAGGCGAAGCAAGCAGCAGAGCUGGCAAACACAACGGUCACACAGAUCAACGAUGCCCUGCGUCCCAUUAAAGAGCAGCUGGACCAAUGGCAGCAGACCUACGGGGACGCAAACGCCACCAACGAAGAUAUCAACAACGCCCUGAUGGAGGCCAAUAACACUGUGCAAACGCUGGGUGAGACUAUUCCUAUGCUCAUGAAGAAGCUGGAUAAACUACAGAGUCACUCCGCCCAGAUGCCAAACAUCUCUGAGAACAUCAACCGCAUCCGACAGCUCAUUCAGCAGGCGCGCAACGCUGCCAGCAAGGUGGCCGUCCCGGUGAAGUUUAACGGGCGGUCUGGUGUUCAGGUCCGUACUCCACAUAACGUUGCCGACCUGGCUGCCUACACCUCCCUGAAGCUCUACAUCACUCUGCCAGAGGCGGCACGAGCCAGGCGGCAAGACGACAACACCCGACAGUUUGUGUUAUACCUUGGCAACAAAGAUUCCACUAAGGAGUUCCUGGGCAUGGCGUUGGAGGGGAAGAGACUGCGUUGGUAUUUUAACAUUGGAGGAGAAACUGCUGAGGUGCUGAUGACUGAAGACGUCAUGUCUAAUGGAAACUUCAACAGCGUAGUGCUUGAGAGGAUCCUCCAGUACGGUCAAAUGUCCAUGUCUUCUGAAGCCAGUGAGGGGGACCAGAGAAUCACCAAAGCCUAUGUCGAGGCUAAAGGAGAUCAGGGGCUGCUCAACCUUUUAACCGACGAUACUGUCUUCUAUGUGGGAGGAUACCCUACUACUUUCACACCUCCUUCCCCGCUCGCUUUGCCUAACUUCAAGGGCUGUAUCGAGCUUGACACGCUCAACGAGCAUGUGCUCAGUCUGUAUAACUUUGAAAACAUUUUCCAACUCAACACCACAGAGGAAAAGCCUUGUGGCAGGUCCAAACCGGUGCUGACUCAGGCCUGGGUGAAUGACGCAGCGUAUUUUGAUGGUACCGGCUACUCUGAGAUCACCUUUACUGAUGAAAUGGUACGCAUGCAGCGCUUUGAACAGGAAGUCAAACUGCUCUCACACAAUGGAAUACUGCUCCUGCUGCAAAACGGGAAUCAGUUCCUGUGUUUGGCGGUGCUUCGGGGCACCCUGAAGGUUUUCUUUGAUUUCAGUGGUAAUCUGGAGGAGAUGGAGCCUAAAGAUCUUUCAUCUGACUUGCUGAAGAUCAGUGACUCCGAACCCAAAACUCUGGAGAUUAUCAUCCUGCGUUCAUCCACGAAACGUGUUGUGGUGAGGUCCAACCGGAUAGGCCUCUAUACCCAGGAUUUCAAAGAGGACCCCCCCCCAUUCAGUGGUAGCUACUACCUGGGAGGAGUACCAGAGUCCAAGAUGCCUGCAAAGUUGAAGUCUACGUUUACUAAGCAGGGCUCUCUGAAGGGCUGUUUCAGGAACGUGAAGGCCCAGAACUCGCACAUCGACCUGAAGAGGAUGACAUCCUCCGGAGUCAGUUUCGGCUGUGACAGUGACCUGCUGGUGGCUCGUGAGGCUCAUUUCUCUGGUCAGAGCUACCUGGACCUGGAUGUGACCAACGUUCUCAGCCUUACGAACAACUUCUACGCCAGCUUCAGCUUCAGAACUGAGCAGAAGGAGGGACUCAUGUUCUACCACCAUGAUCAGGAAGGAGUCUGUCAGGUGUUGUUGAAUGAGGGCCACAUCGUGGUGAAAACUGGCAGCAGUGAGAUUAAGACAGAGAAGACGUACAAUGAUGACAACAGCCACAACGUCGCUAUCUACUACAAUGUCACAGAGAUGCGUCUGUAUAUGGACGACGUGCUGGAGAAGGCAAAGGUGACCAGACAGCAUGACGUCAGGUUGUCAAACACAGAGGGAAGCACCUUCCUGGGAGGAAUGCCCGACAAAAUCUUUACCAAUCUCACAGGAUGUAUCCGCAAUGUUUUCAUCAAGAGGAAAACGAGUCCUCAGAUGGUGUUGAACCUGCUGAAGGCUAAAGAAAACGUCAACGUUCCUAUGAAGUGUCCGGCUGCCAAAAAACCUCAGCAGAUCGUCGCUUCCCAGCCCAAACAGAGCAGCAAACCCAAGGGAAAGCACAAGAAGCCGUCGGGGUCUCGCAGUCGUAACAUCAGGGAGUCUUGUCAGGGAGAGCUUUCACAGCAGGAGGCCGGAGCGACACACUUCAGCGGCUCCACACACAGCUACCAGAGAUACGACUCUCUGCCCAGCUCGCUCAACACAAUGCUUCAUAUCUCCAUGGCGGUGAGGAUCAACUCCUCUGAUGGUUUGGUGCUCUACGCAGCUGGCGGGAAGCGCGGCGCGGCUGUGAUGUCACUCAGCGUGUCAGACGGCCACCUGCUGCUUUUGUUGGACGCAGGAAAGAGGAAGGUCAGCGUGCGCAGCCGCAACAAGUACAACGACGACCAGUGGCACACGGUGUUUAUAAAGCGCGAAGGGGAGAAGAUCAGCCUGAUAGUGGACGGCAUCAACGCUCAGUUUAAGAGGAUCCCCGGGGGCAGGGACAGGACUCGUCUCACCGGGCCUUUAUAUGUCGGAGGAGUACCGCCCUCAAUGACGGCCCCGGGCUCUGGUGGUUUCGUCGGAUGCGUCAGGGACCUGACGCUAAACGAAGCCCCUGUGGGAAGCCCCGCCCACAGCCAGGGGACGGUGCCCUGCUUCCAAAAUCCUUUGCAACCCGGAGCGUAUUUCUCUGGUCAGGGAGGACACAUCGCAAUAGACGAGUCCUUAGUUCUGGGUCGGGAUCUAGAAAUCCAGUUGGAGGUUCGACCAGUCUCGGACUCUGGGCUGCUGUUGCAUGCUGGGACCUCAUCUGACCAAUACCUGAGUUUGGUCCUCAGCCAGGGAGAGGUGACUGUUUCAGUAAACAGCGGCAAAGGUGAUUUCUCUACCUCCUUCACUCCUGAAGAACCUCUAUGUAAUGGACGCUGGCACACAAUCAAAGUGGUGAAGAAGAACAACGUCCUGCAGCUCAAUGUCGAUGCAGCCAGCGAGCACAGCGUCGGCCCCAAACAGGGCCGCUCUGCAGGGGCCAAAGACACUGUUUACCUUGGAGGGGUACCCGAUGUCAUCACAGUUCCUGGUCUACGUGCCGGCCUGCCAGCCUUCCAGGGCUGCAUCCGCCAAGCAUCUGUCAACCACAGACCUGCCAUGUUGUCCAAACCGCUCGCUGUGCACGGAGCAGUGGGGACGCAGGGCUGUCCACAGAUGUAGAUCCAACACAUGUCUUAUCCUCACAUUCCCCAACUACACAUUACUGGUGGUGGGUGUCAUGUUACUGUAGCUUAUUUAAAAAAUAUAUAUUAAUAUUUAUUUUCUAUUUUCAGAAAAAGGUAUAUUUUAUAUUUUCCCGUUCGUCGCUGUUUUUGUGCUACAGGGUGCUACAACAGUGUCUGCACACAGAGAUGCACUGAUACAAGAGACUGGUACACGACGUCAAAUCUAAAAUCACAAAACAAUUAUAAAACGUGUAGUAUAUUGUAAAUAAAGGCAACGCAGCUGAAUUUUUCUUGGUUUUGGUGAAAAUUAAAUCAUGUCAAUUAUUUUUGUCCUCUAGCCCCAAAACAAAUUCCCCGAAUCUGCAGUAAAGUUAAUGAUGUCUCCAGCUGUGUGCCGUGCAUCCCUAGCAGAGAAUGUUAAGAAUACCUACUGAGUCUGUACACUGUGAACACUAAUGUACGAGCAACGUCGUCCGGCAGCGCAGAUGGGCAAUGUUACCUGUAACAGGGACCAGGACUGCACCCUUGGGAAUAUCAGAGUUAAUUAAGUCUCAGUGAUGCUGUGAAGAUGAACUAAUUUAACACACCAAAUGGAGCCAACAGCUGCUGUUUCAUUGGCCGUUCCAGUACUAUUCUCCUCAAAUACGUUCUGUGAUAUGGAAUAGCAUCUACAUUGUUUGAAAACGUUGCUUGUGUAUAAUGGCCUUUAUUUUCUAUUAUUUUCUAUCAGGUUUCAAAAUUGUUUAAGCAACUAUCAUUUAGGCCAAGAUCCACUUACUAAUUCCCCUACACAUAAUUGUAUUACAUAAUUUAAGUUUUGUUUCUUUGGGUGGGGGGGGGGAAAGUUCCAGAGAUCAUAUUUACCUUUUCUAUCAACCUUAGUGAAAAUACUGCAUUCAGGUCAUAUUUGAAUUUCUGAGUCUUCAUGUCAACAUCCAGGUUUUAAUUAUGACCAAGAAUGCCAAAUGUAAUGAAUAUAGUGUCAAUGCACAAUAUCUGAAAUCCUCACACACCCCAACUCUGUUAAAAAAACAAACAACAAAAAAAAAAAAACAGUCUUGACUUGUCAGAUUAAGUCGUUGUUAAACACAGGACUCAUUGCCAUUUCCCACCUGUCGGCUCCUGUCCAGGUUUCAGGCAGCGUUUCUCAUCCAAUCUGUCAUAUGUAUACAUGAACCAAACACGUGUGAAGUUUGUAUAUAAUGAUAUAAUAACCACUUUUUAAAAAUCUCACAGAAAGAAUAAGCUGUCCCUCCCCCUCACUCCUGCCCCUCCAUGUGUUGUAAAUGUAUUUCUAAAUAAAAUUUGUUUUUCAUACAAACUGAA